GAGCUAAGUAAGCCGCUGCUCGACUAGGACUUCCACGCGCUUCCGGAUUCAAAUCGACGCGCCACUUUCGCUCUUUUUCGAAUGUCUGCUGGUGCCCCUCGCGCGAGCUUGCAACCCCGAUAAGACUACUACGGCGUGCUGUAACUGUCAAAUUGCUACUCGGUGUUUAGUGCACAUCGCGUCCCCGGUUUUUCUCGGUUGCCGAUUUUUCGAGUGAUACGCAAUGCACGAGUUCAGUUGGUGACAUUAAAAAAGAAAAGAAAAAAAAAAGUGAGCUCGUCGUACAGUUCAGUGAAAUCGGUGGGGGGGUGCUUACAUCCGUCUCACGAUAAACUCGCGCGUGGAGAGGGAAGAAAAAGAAAUGCAGCCCCAAAAAAGCCAUCAGGGCGCGUUUGGAGACUGAGCGUGGGUUAUACAUAGCGGUGCAGUUUACCGCGAAGGAGAGAUCAAAGGCCGGCCGCUGCGCAGUAGCCGGGCUCUCCAUGUACCGAGUUUGAGCUCUCGAUGGGGAAGAAGCAGCGCAAGGAGCCGAAGGAGAUGCCAGACUGGUCGAGACCCCCGAGGAAGGGAAACACCGGCUCCACGGAGCUGCGAGCAGUUUCAGGAUUUCCCCUGUCGGGAGCGCUGACGGGACUGUUGCCACAGCACUUGCCCGUGGAUUCGUCGUCAACGCAACAGGAGCAUACAGCCUCGGCACCGGGAUGGGGUCAGCAUCAGGGCUCCGACGUGGCGCACAUAGUCGACUGCCUCAACCAGCCCCACAUAUGCGGCGAGGCCGCCUGCCAGGAGGAGGACAACUACACGUCCCGGUGCAUUUGCCCGCACGACAAGUCACCGCCCACUGCCGAUCUCAAGUGUCCCAAUCGCAUUAUCGUACCUCUCACCCCGAGACCCAUUUACGACAUCAUACCGCCGAGUAUGAAUGUAACCAACGCCACGACGGCCACUCCGGAAACUGAACAGAUCGAAACGCUGGAAACGAGAUCAGCCGAGGUCACCGUCCUUCUGAUAGGCAGCGCUUUCGUCCUGACGUUCAUCAUCGGUUUGAUAAUGUUCUACUUCAGACGGCGCAGUUUCAGCACAAAGUCGACCAACGGCGAUCUCGAAGCGUCGCCGAUGAGCUUGAAGGAGAGUCUCCUGUUGGCCAACAAGUACGCCCCGAAUCCACAGUACUUUACGUGCGCGUCGCCGGACGUGCCGAUACUGCAGAGAAACUCGCUCGUUUUUCUCAAAGACAUCGGCGAAGGAUGCUUCGGGAAGGUUUUCAAAGGUGAACUGGUCUACGAGGACAAGACCGAAGUGGUGGCGAUAAAGGUAUUGAAGUCGUCGGCCAACAAGGAAGCGGAGGAGGAUUUUAUGCGCGAGGUGGAGACUAUGUCGACCUUCCGUCACGAGAACAUCCUGUCCCUGCUGGGCGUAGUGGGGCGCGACGAGACCAACGGGCCAUGGAUGAUCUUCGAGUACAUGCCCCACGGCGACCUCGCCCAGGUACUCCGCGACAGCGCCCCCAACGUCCGCACCCCCGUACUCCAGCCCCUCACGAAGGACUCCCUGCUGUGGAUAACGACUCAGAUAGCCUCCGGAAUGGCGUACCUCGCGGCCCAGAGGUUCGUCCAUCGAGAUCUCGCCUGUCGCAAUUGCCUGGUCGGUGACGACCUCGUCGUCAAAAUCGCCGAUUUCGGCAUGAGCAGGGACGUCUACACCUGCGACUACUACAGGAUAGGGGGCUCGCGUAUGCUACCGAUACGCUGGAUGGCGCCCGAGAGUGUGGUCUACGGUAGGUUCACCCUCGAGAGCGACAUCUACAGUUUCGGGGUCUUGCUCUGGGAGGUCUACACCUUUGGCAAGCAGCCCUACUACGGGCACAGCAACGAGGAGUCGGUGCAGCUUAUCAUGGACGGUAUCCAGUUGGUGCCGCCCGACGAUUGUCCGGCUUUCGUCUGCCAGUUGAUGCGCGACUGCUGGAGGGAGCCGCGCGACCGGCCGGCCUUUGCCGAGAUAAUCGAGCGUCUGCGAGUGAGCGACAAAGUCGACGUCAACAGCGCCAUCAUCGGUACCCUGCCCCGGCCGCCCCAGGGCCCGGUGACCAUACGUACCCCGGGGCUGCUCGAUGCCGAUGGCUACUUGUUGCCCUCGCCAGUCGCGACGCGCGAGUACAUCGAAGCUAUUCCCCUUUGAUACUACAAUAACACCGCACGAGUGUGAUCUUUUGUGCAGGUUGUGUGGGAGAGUGCUGCUUGUGGAAGUGUUUUUUUUUUCUUUUCAUCAGAGGUACAUCAGUUGGAAUUGCAGGGGUGUGCUGUCUACGAUAAUUGUUUCGAAUUUCCAUGAGAAUCUCACGGUUUUUCUUUUUUCGAUGGCUAUUUAAUCUAUAUAACAUGUGCGGUAACGUAUCUCAUGAUGUAUAAUGACAAUUACAAUUUACGACCGAAAGAUCUGUACAGCGUUUAUAUGCAUAUGUACAAGAAUGAAAGUCGAUGGUGUUUCGAGCUUUAUAAAAACGAAUAGUAUCCAUUUUUUUUUAUCAUCACAAUUUUUGUAUACUCAGACAAUACUGGGGCGAAUAGUUCUGAAUGUACGAUACAUACUUAUAACUCUGAAUUUUUCAUAAAUUAUUUAUAAUAUAUGUACACACGCAUGUGUAUAUUGUAUAAUGGAAAAUCAAAUGGAAAGUUUGGAAAAAAUCAAAUACUUACAUGAGACUUGUAACGCAUAGUUACGUAAAGCAAUUUAUAUAUAAUUCAACUUUCAUAGCAAUGUAAAUAUUUUUCUACUUUUUUUGUUCGAUAUAAUUCACUAGGAUGAUAUAUGUAAGCUUAAAUCUACUGUAAAUAGUUGUCAUAGAGUAGUUUUUCUUGCGCUGAUUAAUUGAUAUGAAUGUGUGUUUUAAAAAAAAUGGUGUGCUUGCGAUGUGUAUUACGUUGUUCAGAUGCGAUCAAAGUAUUGAAAUAUAUAUUGUUCACACGAGGGCUAUAAAUUUAAUGUCUCAAAUGAAACGCGUUUAUUUUUUUACUAUCAAACCUCUUACAUUAGCAAUAAAAUUCGGAUACACGAAAACUUACUUCAAUAUAAAUAAUUUAUAUGUUCCAUUUAAUUGAAAAGAAUAAAAAAAUGAUUGUGCCGGAUUUCAAAUUCAAUCAACUGAUGAUUCUUGUAUUAUUUACACUCAAUAGGGACACUCGAUGUUCGAAAAAAAAAAAUGUCAAAAUUACGGAGCAGGUUGGAAAAAAGGGAGUAACGACGCUUGAACUAUAUAUAUAUAUAUAUGUAGUAAAAUAGGCAAGGCGUUGUUAUAAUUUAAAUUUUCAAAACGCACAAAAGAGCCAUAUAUUUAUGAGAUGGGCCGUUUUCGCAACAAUUUUUUACUUAAACCCA